CCCUCCUCCACCGCUGCCGCCUCCUUCUUCUGCCGCUCCUGGUGCUGCUUGUGUGCUCGUUCGGUGCGGACCUGGUACCUCUUUUGUGAAGCGGCAGCUGAGGAGACUCCGGCGCUCGCCAUGGCCGACGAAAAGCCCAAGGAAGGAGUCAAGACUGAGAACAACGAUCAUAUUAAUUUGAAGGUGGCGGGGCAGGAUGGUUCUGUGGUGCAGUUUAAGAUUAAGAGGCAUACACCACUUAGUAAACUAAUGAAAGCCUAUUGUGAACGACAGGGUUUGUCAAUGAGGCAGAUCAGAUUCCGAUUUGAUGGUCAGCCAAUCAAUGAAACAGACACACCUGCACAGUUGGAAAUGGAGGAUGAAGAUACAAUUGAUGUGUUCCAGCAGCAGACAGGAGGUGUCUACUAAAAAGGGAACCUGCUACUUUACUCCAGAACUCUGUUCCUUCAGACCAAGAAGACAUUCUCAAUUAGAAAGCCGCAAUUUGGUUCCGCCACAUCCCGACUACUACAGUAUAGUUUUCUCUAUUCUUUCAUUUCCCCUUCCCCAUUCCUUUAUUGUACAUAAAGUAACUGUGUAUGUGCACAA